GGGCGCGUUUAUUGGGGGGGAAAACCGUGAGAGACGGACCGCGCGUGGGGGAGCGGGAAGGGACGGACACUUCCGGCGGAAGUAGCGGAGGGACGGGCGCGGGAACCGGGGCCCGCCAUGGAACCGGAGCCGGGCCCUGAUCCCGCCCCGGGCCUCGAUCGCGACACGGACCCGGGCCGCGACCCCUUAGCGGCCCUCGACCACGACCCGGUAACGGGCCCGGUGCCGGUAACCGACCCGGCCGCCGACCCUGACGUGGAGCCGCUGCACCGGGGCGGUUUCCGCUGCCGCCUAUGCCAGAUCACCGCGGCCAACCUUCCCAGCCUGCGCUCGCACCUGGCCGGGCGGCGGCACCGGCGGCUCCGCUGGCUCCGUUCCGAGCGGCGGGCGCAGGAGCAGCGGAGCCUCUUCGUCAGCGGCUUCGCCCGGGGCACCGCGCCCGAGCGGCUGCGGCGCCACUUCCGCGCCUUCGGGCCUGUCGCGACAGUCGUCAUGGACAAGGAGAAGGGCGCGUUCGCCAUCGUGGAGCUGCGGGACGCCGCGGGGCGGCAGCGGGCGCUGGAUGAGCCCCGGCACGUCCUGGACGGGCGGCGGCUGCGGGUGCGGCCCCGGGAGCACCGGGACUUCCCCCGGGCCCCCCCCCGGGAGCCCCCCGGGACCCCCCCGGGGUUGCUGCAGGCGCUGGGCCGGGCCCAGGACGUGGGGGCGCAGCUGCAGCUGCUGGUGCGGGCGCUGGAGCUGAGCGCGGCCGAGCGGCGCCUGCGGCGGCUCCUGGUGGCCCUGAUCCAGGAGGUGUUCGGGGAGUUCUUCCCAGGCUGCUCCGUUGUCCCCUACGGCUCCUCCGUCAACGGCUUCGACGUCCACGGCUGCGACCUCGACCUGCACCUGGAGCUGGGGGACCCCCAGAGCCCAGAGACCCCCAAAAUCCCCGAUCUUAACCCAAAUGGGGACCCCCAGAGCCCAGAGACCCCCAAAAUCCCCGAUCUUAACCCAAACGGGGACCCCCAGAGCCCUGAGACCCCCAAAAUCCCUGAUCUUAACCCAAAUGGGGACCCCCAGAGCCCAGGGACCCCCAAAAUCCCUGAUCUUAACCCAUACAGGGACCCCCAGAGCCCAGGGACCCCCAAAACCCCUGACUUUAGCCAUAACAGGGACACCCAGAGCCCAGAGACCCCAGAUGGGGACCCCCAGAGUCAGGGGGGGACACUGCUGGGAGAUGAGACCCCCAUCCCAAUGGGUCCCUUUUGGGGGACAAGGACCCCCACCUCAUGGGGUCCCUUUUGGGGGGACAAAGGGUCCCUUUUGGGGUCCAAGGUGUCUGUUUUGGGGUCCGUUUUGGGUGACAGAGACCCCUCCUCUGAAGGGUCCCUUUUAGAGUCUGAGGGGUCCCUUUUGGGGUCCGAGGGGUCCUUUCGGGGGUCCGAGGGGUCCCUUUUGGGGUCCGAGAGGUCUGUUUGGGGGUCUGAGGGGUCCCUUUUGGGGUCCCUUUCGGGUGACCGAGACCCCUCCCGGGGCGCCUCUCCCGCGGGGUGCGGCUCUGAGGGGGGGUCCCUGUCGGGGGAUGAGUCCCCCGAGGCCGAGGGGUCCCCUUUGGGGUCCGAGGGGUCCCUUUUGGGGCGCGGGGCCCCCCCAGAACAGGCGCUGGCGCUGGUGGGGGCGGUGCUGCGGCGCUGCGUGCCGGGGGUCCGGGGGGUCCGCGCCGUGCCCGGCGCUCGGCGCCCCGUGGUGAAAUUCAGCCACAAACAGUCCGGGCUGGCCGGGGACGUGUGCCUGGACAACCGGCUGGCCCUGUUGAACACGCAGUUCCUGCGCCUCUGCGCCGACGCCGACCCGCGGGUGCGGCCCCUGGGCUACGCCGUGCGCCUCUGGGCGGGGGGACAGCGGCUGGCAGGGAACCGGGCCGGGGGCGGCCCCCUCCUCACCAACUACGCUCUGACGCUGCUGCUGGUGCUGUUCCUGCAGAGCCGCAGCCCCCCGGUGCUGCCCUCGGUGCGGCGCCUCCGCCUCCUGGCAGGGCCCCAGGACCGAGCCCAGGUGGGGGGGUGGGAUUGCAGCUUCCCCCGGGACGCGGCGGCGCUGGAGCCCAGCGAGAACGGCCAGAGCGCCGCCUCCCUCCUGGCCGAAUUCUUCUCCUAUUUCGGGAGCCUGAAUUUGGGGGAGCUCCUCCUGUCCCCCCUGGAGGGCCGAGCUCUGCCUCGCCCCCCUCCCGAGACCCUCGGGGGGCUCCGCCCGGGCCCCCUGACCCUGCAGGACCCCUUCGAGCUGAGCCACAACGUGGCCGCCAAUGUCACGGCGCGGACGGUGUCGCGAUUCGUGCGCUGCUGUCGCGACGCCGCCCGACUCUGUCGCGGCCCCGAGUUCCUCCAGAAGUCGCGCAGGGGCCGCCCCUGGGGCGUGAUGCGGCUGCUCCAGCCCGGCCCCGGCGGCGAUCGCGGCGCUUUUGGGGAUUCCGAGGGGAAAUUCCUCAUCCCGGUCCCGCUGCCACCGCCGGGGGGGCGCGGGGGGGUCCCGCAGGGUGAGGUUUGUGCGGCCGUGGGGUUCGUGCUGCGGGAGCUGCUGGGCUGCGGCUGCGAGCCCGAGGGGGGGACAGGUGAUUCCCGAGGGGAAUUCGGGGAUUUGGGGACACCCGGGAGUGCGGGGGAGCCAUCACCGGGAGCCCAGUGUCACCUGGAGGGGGGGACAGGCGAUUCCCAGCGGGAAUUCGGGGAUUUGGGGACACCUGGGAGUGCGGGGGAGCCAUCACCGGGAGCCCAGUGUCACCUGGAGGGGGGGACAGGCGAUUCCCAGCGGGAAUUCGGGGAUUUGGGGACAGCGGGGGAUGAGCAGGAGCUGCUCCCGGCUCCCUCGGAGCCGCCACCGGGAGCCCGUUGUCACCCAGAGGGGGUGACAGGCGAUUCCCAGCGGGAAUUUGGGGACGCGGGGACACCGGGACCGGGCUCCAAGCGUCGCCUCCCCGAGGGGGUCCCGCCCGGGGCGGGGGUCCCGCCCGCAAAGCGGCCCCGGGGCCCCGCGGGCCCGUCCCGGUGGAGCUGCUGCGUCUGGUACCGGGUGUGGCGGGGCCGCCGCCGCCUCCGCCGCCGCCUCCGGCCCCGGGAGGGCUCCGGGGGGGCUCCGGGCACCGAGGGGAACCGGGGAGAUCAAAGUCUUGAGGGUCCUGAAGGGGCUCAGAGUGCCGGAGGGGUUGGGGAUCCCGAGGGGGUUGGGGGUCCCGAGGGGAUUCGGGGUCCCGGGGAUGCUCAGGGUCCCGGGGGGGUUGGGGGUCCCGGGGGUCCCGGGAGCUGCCCCCUGGCCCUGGAGCGAGCCGUGACCGAGGCCAUUGUCCGAGGGGACACCGGGACUCCGCCCGGGCCCCCCCCGGAGCCGCUGCUCCGUUUCCAGCUCAGCGCCCGCCCGGGGGGGUCGCGCCGUGACCCCCAAAUGCUGCUGCACCUCCAGCCCGAGCCCCCCUCGCCACUUUUCCACGAGUUUUUCCACUUUUUGCGGAGUUUUCUACCCGAAAUGGUGCGGCAGCGCCUGGGUUGGGGGGUGGGGGGCGGCCAGGGGGGAAUUUUGUAAAUCCUGAGGUUUUCCAGUAAAAUCCGUUCUGCAGUGUG